AUGAACGUUGAGGGGAUUGCUUCAACGUCAUCAUCAAUGUAUGAUGAGACUGCCGUUGAUCCUGAAGGAUCACAAUUGAUAAAACAUUGCCAAAAAUCAAUAAAUAAAUAUCAAAAUCAAAGACUUUCAAAUACAGCAAUAUGUCGAAGAAAUAAUAAAAUGAAUAUCUCAGGUGAUAAUAAAAAAUUAACUUCCUAUUUUGAGAAUGAUUCGAUCUCAACGAGUAGUAGUAAGAGCAGUAAUCUUUCAUAUAAUGAAAUAACAAAUUAUAAUGUUCCAAGUCCCAAAUUAAAAAGAAAUAUUAAUGAAAAAAAUAAUUAUAUUGGUGACCUGAGACAAAAUAACAAUCUUCUUCAAUGGAAUGAAAAAAAAUCCAUAUUGGAUGAUACAUUUUUAGAUAAAAAUUUAUCAAAGAUUCCUUCUUACAAUAAUAAAAAAGAACAAUAUAACGGAGGAAUUAUUAAUUAUUUAACAAAAAUAUUUAAAGAAAUCUUUCAAAAUCAUUUCUUAUUAGUAUAUGUUGGUGCUUUCAUUAUAACAACACUUAUAAUUAUAAUUUCUUUCUUAGCAUUAUCUUAUACACCAUUACAAAAUUUUCAAAAAAUGUCUUUAAGUAAUAGGAAUGUUAAACCAUUACCCAUUAAUGAAUAUGUAAAGAAUAAAAAGACAAAAUACUCAGGUACACCACAGUCAGAAGGAGUUAUAUGGUCAUUAAAUCGUCAUCAAUUCAGAAGGAAACGAUCAACAAAUUCUGUAGAUGAUAAAAAAAAUGUAAAAGGUGUUAAAGGUUUGGCAAGAGAUUGUGGUUUAAGAUGUGUUUUUAAAUUAAGAACACUUAAAUCAAAAGAAAUAUUAAAAAUUAAUCUAAUAAGAUGGAAGAAUAUUUUACCAUCAUCUAAUGAAAGUAAAUAUGAAGACAAUGAAAAUGAUAAUAGUAAUAAUAAAAUAAUACCACUUGUUCAAUUUUUAGAUUCAGAAGAUCAAACAACAGCAUAUUUAGCUACAACUUCACCUAAUUGUAUGUAUUCAGCUAAAAUAGAUGAUGUUAAUGAAUCGUCUAUUGUUAAUUUAUGUGAUUCACAUUAUGGCUUAUUUGGUACACUUUCACUACUUGAUGGUACAUAUAUUAUUGAACCAAUAAUAAAUGAUGACAAAAAUGGAUUAAUGAAAAUAUCAAAGAACACAGAAAUAGGAAAAACACAAAAGAGUCAUUUAAUUUAUAAAUCUAAACCAGCAAAUUUUGAGCAUGCUAAUAAACCAACAGAUUAUGUCCCUAUUAUUAAAAAUAUUACAUAUAAUAAUGAAAAUAAUAUAAUAAAUGAAACAAAUAAUGUUUAUGGUGAUGAUUUAUAUAUGAGGAAAAAACGUUCAAGAAGAAAUGCCAAUUCAUGGGAUCAUUAUGUUGAAGUAUUAGCUGUAGCUGAUUUUAAAAUGCUCCAAUAUCAUGGUGAUAAUUUAGAAAAUUAUGUUCUUACCUUAUUUUCAACUGUUGCCUCUAUCUACAGACAUCCAUCACUUAGAGCAGCUAUAAAUAUUGUUGUUGUUAGAUUAAUAAUUAUACGUAAUGAAAGAUCAGGACCAUUUAUAAGUAAUCGUGCUCAAGAAACAUUACAAAAUUUUUGUGAAUGGCAACAAAAUUAUAAUGAUCUUAAUGAUGAUCGUAUUAAUCAUCAUGAUGUUGCUAUUCUUUUAACAAGACAAGAUAUUUGUAGAGCUAAAAAUAAAUGUGAUACAUUAGGUCUUGCUGAACUUGGUACAAUGUGUGAUUAUAAAAGAAGUUGUGCUAUUAUUGAAGAUAAUGGAUUAUCUGCUGCAUUUACAAUUGCUCAUGAAUUAGGACAUGUUUUUAAUAUACCACAUGAUGAUGAACCUAAAUGUGGUUAUUAUAUGGCUUUAAAUAAAGAAAAUUUUCAUAUAAUGGCACCAACAUUACAAUAUAAUACUCAUCCAUGGUCAUGGUCACCUUGUUCAGCUGGUAGUUUAGCUAAAUUUUUAGAUAGUCAUCGAGCACAAACACAAUGUAUUUUAGAUUCACCUAUUCAAAGAAAAUAUUAUGAUAAAGUUUUUGAAAAUCCAUCACCAGGUGAGAUGUAUGAUGUUAAACAGCAAUGUCAAUUUGUAUAUGGUCAUGAUUCCAAUAUAUGUCCAUAUAUGCCAACAUGUCGAAGAUUAUGGUGUGCUGUUAAAAUUGCUAAUAAUCAAGGUUGUCGUACACAACAUAUGCCAUGGGCUGAUGGAACACCAUGUGGAAAAAAUUCAUGGUGUCAUGCUGGAGAAUGUGUUGGUAUGAGUCCAGAACAAAGACCUAAAACUGAUGGAUCAUGGGGUUCAUGGCAUUCAUGGGGUGAAUGUUCAAGAACAUGUGGUGGUGGUAUACAAAAAGGUUUUAGAGAUUGUGAUAAUCCACGCCCAGCUAAUGGUGGUAAAUAUUGUCUUGGUCAACGUGUACGAUAUCGUUCAUGUAAUAUUCAAGAUUGUCCCUGGGACACACCAGCUGUUCGUGAAAUGCAAUGUUCAGAAUUUGAUGGUAAAAAUGUUGGUAUUCAUAAUGUUCCACAUAGUGUUAAAUGGAUACCUAAAUAUAAUGGUUUACAUGGUAAUGAAAGAUGUAAAUUGUAUUGUAUUGAAUCUGGAAAAUCAGCAUUCUAUCUUCUUAAAGAUAAAGUUAUGGAUGGUACACCAUGUGAUAAUUUUGGUGAUGAUGUUUGUAUAGAUGGUAGUUGUCAUAAAGCUGGAUGUGAUAAAAUACUUGAUUCUGGUUUAAAAAGAGAUAUAUGUGGUGUUUGUGGUGGUGAUGGUACAUCAUGUACUGUUGUUGAAGGUACCUUUAAUGAAAGAGGAUCAUAUGGAUAUAAUGAAAUUUUAAAAAUUCCAGCUGGUAGUGCAAAUAUUGAUAUUAGACAACAUGGUUAUAACAAUAAUAAAGAAGAUGAUAAUUAUUUAGCAUUAAGAAGUGAAAAUGGUGAAUUUCUUCUUAAUGGACAUUAUCAAGUAUCUGUAUUUAGAAAAUUAGUUCAUAUUAAUGAUGUUAUUCUUGAAUAUUCUGGUAGUGAUAAAGUUGUUGAAAGAAUUAAUGGUACUGGUCCAAUAAGAUCAGAUUUAUAUUUACAUGUUUUAACUGUUGGUACAUUAAAUCCACCAGACAUACGUUAUAAAUAUUAUGUUCCAACUCAUAAAUAUCAUUAUCUUCGUCAACCAACACGAACAUUUUUAUGGAGACAUUUAGAUAGAUGGAGUUCAUGUUCAUCACAAUGUCAAGGAACACAAAAACAAUUAUUUUCAUGUUAUGAUUUAACAACAAAUCGUCAAGUUAGUGAUCAACAUUGUGUUCAUGUUAAUAAACCAUCUGAUGUUAUUAAAAUGUGUAAUAUAGAUUGUUAUUUAAAAUGGCAAACAAUAUCACAAAGUUCAUGUUCUGUACCAUGUGGACAUGGACAUAAAUAUCAAAGAAUUUUUUGUGUUAAACAACAUAUUAAUGGUAGUGAUGAAUAUGUUCAUGAACAAGAAUGUAAUGAAGAAACUAAACCAGAAACAAAAGUACCAUGUUUUAUUGAUUGUUCAGGUAAAAGAUGGAAUUAUACAAAUUGGUCAGAAUGUUCUGCUACUUGUGGUAGUAAUGGAAUUAAAAAACGUCAUGCAACAUGUAUUGAUUCACAUCAAAGAACAAUUGAUUCAUUACGUUGUAAAAAUAUUCAAAAAGAACAAACUGAAGUAGAGUGUAAUAGAAUACCAUGUCCACAUUGGGUAUAUGGAGAAUGGACAGAAUGUUCUAGGACAUGUGAUGGUGGUAUUCAAGUUAGACAUGCUAGUUGUCAUGAUGCUUCUAGUAAAGAUGUUAAUCCAAAUUUAUGUCCAAGAAAUGAAUUAUCAACAAGACAGCAAUGUAAUACUCAACCAUGUAGACAAUGGAAAUUUGGUCCAUGGAGUAGUUGUUCAGUAACAUGUGGUAGUGGUGUAGAAUCAAGAACAGCUCAAUGUAUUGAUAAUAGUGGAAAAACAUUACCUGAUGAUAUGUGUGAUAUACAACAAAAAAUAAUUCAAAAACCAUGUGAAAAAUUAUCAUGUCCACAAUAUAAAUAUACUGAAUGGAGUUCAUGUUCUGUUACAUGUAAUGAUGGAUGGAAAAGAAGACGUGUUUCAUGUGUUGAUCAUAAAAAUCAAGAUGUACCAUUAUCAAUAUGUAAAAAAUCAGGUGAACCUGUACCACCAUCUCAUCAACCAUGCAAUUUAGGUUCAUGUCCAUUUUGGAGAACAAAAACAUGGGGCCCUUGUUCAAAUUCAUGUGGUUCUGGAUAUAGAAAUAGAAUUGUUGAAUGUAUCUAUAGAGAACAGAUUGUUGAUGCAUCAAUAUGUUCAGAAAGUGAUAAACCAAAAGAAAAAGAAGAUUGUCAUUUAGCUGAAUGUACUUAUUGGUUAACAAGUAACUGGACACCAUGUAGUGUAACAUGUGGUGAAGGUAUUCAAUCAAGAAAUAUUUCAUGUGUUAAAGGAAAUAAAGUAGUUGAAUCAUAUGAAUGUGAUUUAAAAACACGUCCUAAAAGUGAAAAACAAUGUAUAAGAGAUCAAUGUCAUGAUAAUAAUAAUAAUUUACAAUUUAAAAAUAAUGAUUAUUCUUCUGAACAAGUAUCAAGAGCACAAUGGGUUUUCGGACCAUGGUCUGAUUGUUCCAAAUCAUGUGGUAAUGGUACACAACGUAGAAUUGUCAUAUGUCGUGAUACAGCAAAUGGAAAUAAUUUAGAAACAAUAUAUUGUCGUAAUCUUGAACCAGUACCAUCUGAAAGAAAUUGUAUGUUAAAACCAUGUGCUAGUUGGAAAAUAAGAAAUUGGGCACCAUGUUCAGCAACUUGUGGUAUUGAUGUAUAUCAAGAAAGAAUUGUUACAUGUGAAGCUAAUGAUCCAUCCCAAGCACAUCUAGUAAAUGAAAAUACAUGUGAUCCAACACAGUAUCCUGUAUCAAGAAGAAAAUGUGAUCUUAAACCAUGUCCAAGUGUUAGAGUAAUAACUUACGGUAGUUGGAUAGCUGGUGACUGGACAUCAUGUUCUGCCCCAUGUGGUGGUGGUUGGAGAAGAAGAAAUGUAACAUGUAGUACAAAUAGAUGUAAAGAAACAGACAAACCAAAUGUAUUUGAUAGAUGUAAUAAGAAUGCUUGUAAAACAGGUGUCUGGCAAUAUUCACCAUGGACUAGGUGUUCUGUGUCUUGUGACAAUGGUAUUCAAUCAAGACAAGUCUGGUGCGAGAAAGAUAUAGUUAAUAGAAUAAAAACUUCUGAUAAUGAUUGUUAUCAGGAGGAAAAACCAAUAUUAACAAGACAAUGUACAAUGCCAAAAUGUAGCUUUAAAAAUAAUAUAUUAUUAUCAAAUAUUAUUCCUAAAAAUGGAGAAAAAAGUAUUAAUAAGAAUACUUACAGAUGGAUAGCUGAUAAAUGGUCUUCGUGUUCAAAAAGUUGUGGAAAAGGAAGUAAAAAUAGGAGAGUAUAUUGUAUAAAUUAUAAACAAGAAACUGUCAAUUCAACUUUGUGUAAUAUUAGAGAAAAACCUGAAAAUGUUAUUGAAUGUAAAGUAGCUAGUUGUGUUAGAUGGAAAGCUGAUAAAUGGUCGGAAUGCUCAGCAACAUGUGGAUAUGGUAUUCAACGAAGAUCAAUACAAUGUAAACUUGGAAGAAGACCUGUUCCACCUGAUAUUAAUUGUAUGCAUCUUCCUAAACCAUUAGAAACAAGAAAAUGUAAAAUAACAGAUUGUCCAAUUUAUAAAUGGCAUGUUACAAGAUGGAGUAAAUGUACUGAUCCAUGUAGUCCAAUGAAUCAAACACGAAAAGUACAUUGUGUUAAUAAUGAUGGUAAAACAGCUGCUUUAAGAAUGUGUAAAGGAUUAGAAAAACCAAUAUCUAAAAGAGUAUGUGAUAUAUCAAAAUGUCCAUAUUAUUGGGUACCUGGUUCAUGGAGUACCUGUUCAAAGACAUGUGGUGAUGGUUUACAGUUUAGAAGACUAGAAUGUAGAGUUAAACCACAAAAAUACUUUAAUAUUACAACAACAACACCAAAAACUCCUAAAAUGCCUAUAGUAUUAUCAAAAUUAUGUAUGCCAUUACCAAGACCAUCAAUAUCUAAAAAAUGUGAAGUUAGAGAUUGUAAUGCUAAAUAUCAUUGGACAGUUGGACCAUGGACACAAUGUUCUGCUUCAUGUGGUGAAGGAUAUAAAUUAAGAAGAGUAAGAUGUGUUGAUAAAUAUGGUAAAAGAGUAAAUAAGAAAUUAUGUAGUGAUAUUGAGAAAGAUAAACCUUCUCGUCGUGAAUCUUGUAUUAUAAGAAAUUGUCUUCCAGCAAAUUGUGAAGAAAUUAAAGCACAAACACUUAAUAAAAGUAUUAAUGAUGGUGAUUAUACAAUUCUUUUUGCUGGAUAUAAAUUAAAUGUUUAUUGUCAUCGUAUGAAUGAUUCAUUGCCAAGAACUUAUAUUAAUGUUAAUCCAAAUACAAAUUUUGCUGAAAUUUAUAGUAAAAGACUUCUUAAUCCAAAUACAUGUCCAUUUGAUGGUCUAAGAAAUGAUACAUGUGAUUGUAAAGAAGAAAGAUAUGAAAUGUCUGGUUUUACAUCAUUCUCUAAACUUAGAAUUGAUUUAUAUAAUAUGAAAAUUAAUCUUCAUGAUUUUACAUUUUCAAAAAAUAAAUUUGGAGAACAAAUACCAUAUGGAACAGCUGGUGAUUGUUACAGUGCAUUUGAUUGUCCACAGGGAAGAUUUUCUAUAGAUUUACGAGAAACAAGUCUACGUGUUUCUGAUACUGUACGAUGGAUUGAUGUAGGACAAAAACCAAGUUCAAGAAUUGAAAGAGCAGAGAACAACGCAUAUAUACUGGGAUAUUGUGGUGGAAUUUGCGGAAAAUGUAGUCCUGAUCCAUAUCGUGGUUUAACUGUAGAAGUUGAUCAAAAACAAAAACCUAUAAUAGGAGAAAAUAAAAUUUAA